CGCGACCAUCGAAGUUCGUCCGUCGCGCCGAUCCCCGCGCGCCUCUGUGGAACGCACCGCGCGUGUGUGCGGCCCGAGGGGAGGGGUGCGCGCUGUUUCACCAGUACCCCGCAUGCCGCCGUUGCUGUAUCACGUCAUUGCGUUACAAACAUUUUAUUGCCAAGAAGGAACGACCUAUUGCGCCGAAAAAGAAAUGAGACGUAGAGGGCCCAACCGCAUAUGGAAAAUAGAAGAUAUAGAAUUAAUUGAAGCAGUCAAACAACAUAAACAUUUAUAUGAUGCACCUUUCAGUGAGCUUAACAAGGUGGCCUACAAAAGACUGUGUUCAAAAUCAUGGGACGAAAUAUCUUCAAAAUUAGGCAUGCCAGCCAUGGAACUGAGAAAAAAAUGGCUGUUUAUAAAAAACUACUACAAGAAAGCUUUUAUAAUAAAAAAUUAUACAGGUAAGUUCUUGGAUGGCACUCUUGAUUUUCUUAAACCAUGGGCAUCAAAUGUUCAUUCAAAUUAUGGAGAAAUAGAGAUUGGUAAUAUUUCGUCAACUGAAGAGGAUAAUGUCAGUGAUAGUGAAGCUACAUUCACUCCGCCUCUUGAGACUAUAACAUGUUUAAAUAAAGAAGGAAGUUCUGAAAGGCAUAUCGAAACCAUAGAUCCAUUAGCACCCUGUAGUAGUCAGUAUGCAGUAAAUUUUGAAGAACCAGUAUUGAGUAAUGUGAACAGUGACGUAGCAAACGCAAAUGAUCAAAGAAAGGUAUGGACACAAGAAGAUUUGAUAUUUAUAGAAGCAAUAAAACCACAUAAGAGUUUAUAUACUGUACCUACCCGUACCUCUGUCAGGGUGUUCAACAAAAAAGAGUCUGCAAUGGCAUGGAAAGUCGUAGCUUCACAACUAGGCAUGCCAGUGAUGGGACUUCGUCAGAAAUGGAGAGCUAUGAAAAAUAACUAUAAGGAGGCUAUUAUAAAAGAAGAUUCUUCAAAGUUAUUGGAUGGGACCCUUGAUUUUCUCAAACCAUGGGCAUCACAUUAUAUUAUGAAUUCAAAUGAUGAAACAACUGACGAUGAAGCAAUGGAGUCUUUUAGUAUCCUGCCAACUGAAGAGGACAGUGUGAUGUAUGUGGACAGUAGUGACAGUGAUAGCGAAGCUACAAUAACUCCACCACUUGAAAAUAAUCACAUUAUAAUUUCUGAAAGCGAUACCGAAACUACGGAUAUAUUAAGAUCCUGUAGUGGUCAAUAUGCAAUAAAUUAUGAUGAACAUGUUUUGCCUGAUGUGAAUAAUGAUGUAGAAAAUGCAAAUGAUCAAAGCAUAUUGAGAAGUAUUUUGAUUCAGAAAAGAGGGGAAAUAUGCGAGGAGUCACAAAAUCAUGAAGAGACUUCUCAUUCUGAUUUGCUAUCUGAUUUCUUUGCCAGAUACGAUGGCACUACCCAUGAGAGCAAUCUAAUGGAAUAUUUUCGGGAUUUGGCAGAAGUUUUGUGCAUUAAGUUAGCACCGGCAAAACGGCAAAAUUUUAUAAGACAAAUUGAUUUAAUAGUCAGUCAAAUUUUAAUAGAAAAUAAAAACGAAAAUGAGGAUAUUGAAGAAUUAGAAUGAAAAAUAUUUCAGUGUGGGACUGGUCAAAUCACAAUUAAUUUUAAGUAAUUUUGCUAAGGUUGCCUGAUUAAUUGUGAGAUACUUAAAAUAUUAUCCUACUUCCUACUAAUAUUGUAAAUGUGAAAGUUUGUGAACAUAUACCUAUGCAUGAAUGUUUGUUAUUCUUUCACGCAAAAACGGCUGGACCGAUUUGGUUGCAAUUUGGUAUAUAGAUAGGAGAUAACCUGGAUUAACACAUAGACUACUCUUUAUUAACACACCAUGCGGGCGAAGCCUCGAGCGGAAGCUAGUUAAUAAUAAAUGUUCAGUGCAGAA